AUGAACUGGACGGGAGGCCGUCUCCAACGGUCAACAGCAGCUAGUGGUGUCAAGCAUCAGCAGAAGCAACACUUUGCAAAGGUGGCCCAGAACCUGCGCAGUGGCUCCAAGUUCAAGUCGCCUGUCAAAUGGUCUGUCUUCGACCUGAUUGCGGAGGAUCGCGAGCGCGGUCAACGCGAAUCACCAGCUGCACACCAAGUUCACGUAACAUCGAACCGUGAGCAGAGCAGGUUACUUGCACAACACCAUACCGGUCUUUACCCCAAUGCCCAUGUUGCUGGAAAACGUGAGAGCAGCAAAACAAACACAUCAUCAGCGUAUCGAGUCAAUUCACAUAUUUCAAGAACCAAUAAUCGAAUCAAGCCCAGUCCAGUUCCAGUUCCAGCUCGAGUUCCAGACGACGAUCUAUAUAAUGCCACCCCUCCUCCACCUCCUCCACGGAACAUCAAACAGCAACGCGAAGAGUCUGUGCCAUUGUCGGAGAUUGACAGCUUUGUGGAGCCAAAACAAGAGCAAGAGUCCGUGUUUGAGAAAAGAAGGAGGGUCUUAAGAAGAGGAGACUGGGUCGGAGUCGGCAUACAAAAACCGCUCCAGAUUGCAUUUGCAUCACCGAGGGAUGAAGAGAAUAUUGGCAGGAGGAGAAAGAUACCAACUGGUGGUCAUCGAGCCCGAUACGAGACGAAGCAAACCCACAUCACAUCUCCAUUUCCUCAAAGAGCUAGGUGUCCAGCCAACAUUGCGCCAUCGGCAUGGGCCAAACAGCUGCGACAAAUAGAAGCAGAAAAGGCAGAUGUUAGAAUCUCGAUUGGUGGUAAAGUGGUACCACCGGGCCUCAGCUCCAGCUCGGCACCUCGGACAGCCAUACACAACAGAUCUCAGGCUACACCAUCUGAUGUGAUGCUGUUGGACGACGAUGUUUUUCAAGGCAAAGAGAAAGAAUUGCCUUCCAAUGUUGUCCAUAAUUACAUCCACUUUUCUCGGGAGAAUUCUCAGAAUACCUAUCAAGCUCCGGAGAUCGCCCAAAUGCAAAUUGGAUUACCAAGUGACGACUACCAGAUCCAACAACAUCUCGAGGACUUCCAAAGUUGGGCUGGCAUUUCUCCGAACGAUGAUUUUGAUAGGGAUUCCUUCGAUGAGGAAUUGCUCCGCGAGCCAGAUACUACGCCAUUUCGAGUCCAAGAGCUUGCUGAACCGGUAGACCCACACAAUGGGAUGCAUCCUGGUCAAGUCGUCUUCUCAUCCUCUUCUACUUCCAUCCAUCAUCCAAAACCUCAAAGUUCUCGAGUCUCUGUACUUAUACGAUCGGACUCAUCUGAGAGCGCACAAAGCACAAAGGCACAAGUCGGGAAGAGACGGGAAGCAGUGCCCAGUUCACAAGUCGAUGAGAAUAAACUAUGGGAGUCGUGGAUUGCACCUCUGUACCAAGAAUCUUCACAAGAUACCAACGGAUUCGGAGACGAGAGAUAUCGCACUAAUGUCAGUAUCAGUCCCGGCAUUAGUGUAUUGCUUCCCAGGAGGCCAUUUGAAGCACAUCCUGCUGGUCAAAACGAGGAUAUCUCCGACUCAGUGUCUCCAGAGAACCAAGAAGGGACAGAGGAGCCUUUGUUUGAAAGAGCAGAGGUUCAGUCGUCCACGAAUGGAGACCAACACACAAGCGAAGACUACGAGAGUUCUCGAUUGCUAGAACAUCAAACUACCGACGCCGAAGCCGAGUCUUAUCCUACCAGCAGGAAAUCCUCCAGACAGACUGAGAAGCCAACAGCCGUUGUCGAGAGCAAAGAGAAAGACGCAGAUGAGAGCUGGAGGAAGUUUGUCUUCGGUAGCAGUAGUAGUGACACGCCAGAGGAGCAUGGAUCAAAGACAAGACAGAUCACAUCCAAUUGGAAAGAUCACCAAGAAACAGCUAGCUCGUCGAUGCUUGCUCACCCGGCGACCCGUCAAUCAAUCGAUUCCACUUGUGAACCAGAAUUCCCAGGCAGUCAUUCAUUCACAUCCAGAAUUACCAGUAACGUGUCGAAGAAUGAGCCACGAGUGGAGGACUACUCUACUGCUAGCGAGUCACAGGAUUUGAGUGCUUCUAGCAGCUCUUCUCGGAGUGAGUCGAAUCAUCCUUCAGCAUCGGUGGCUUUUGGGAAGAAGAUUGUGUUCACCAAGCCAAAGCCUAUUGUUGGUCGAAAGUCCAUGGAACCUUCAACGGACGAGGGACCGCUUCAUAUCGGACGACAUCUAUUGGACGAUGACACGAAGAGCUAUUUAGGACAGAGUAGGAGCGUGGAACAAGAGGUGUAUAGUACCGCGACUUCUACAGACGAAGAUGAUGUUGAAUCUAUAGAAGAUGACUAG